AUGGCGGAGCGGGAAGUGGGGGGGGAGCUGUGGGCUAACGAGGAGCGGGACAUCCUUUGUGGCUGGACGGUCCGGCUGCUGGCCGUUUUGUCCGUCCAGCCUCUCGCGCUAAUCGGGAAAGCUGGCUCCCACGAAUUCCGAAGCGUCCUGGCGGGCGGCGUGCCCAGGGCCGUGAGGGUCCGCCGUGCCACUGGAGAUGAAUGGCAGGCCCGGGUGCCGGGUGGCUUUACGCCCUGGUUAGCCAACAGGCGGAGGAUCACCACCAGCCGCCCAUGGCUCGGCCCCGAGGGCAUCUCCCGGUCCGGAAGCUUCGCCCGCUGCCCUGGUCGUUUCCAGAGGGCCUGCCGCUCCCGCUGCGACACGGACAGUGGGUCCGUGUCAAAAGAUCUUUAUAAAACAGCCAUCGAGUUUCUGAAGUUGGAGAAAAUCGAGCUCGGGGGAGUGAGAGGGAACAUCCUUGGAAGCAUGGUCACCCAGAUUUACGAUGAGGUCUUUGAGCUGGUGAAGGUCUUUGCCGAGUGCAAAUACGACCCCUUGGACCCCGGAGAUUCGAGUUUUGACGACGAUUAUGCCGGUUUUGAGACCAAAAUUCAAGAUCUGGAUAGGCGGCUGGCCACCAUCUUCUGCCAGGGCUUUGAUGACUGCAGCUCCAUUGAGUCAUGCGCAAAGCUCCUGUACAUGUGUGGGGGCCUCCUGGAGCGACCUCUCAUUCUUGCUGAGGUGGUGCCCAGGUACUCGGUCAUGCUGGAGCUGUUUGACGCCGAGCUGGACAACACCAAGACCUUGUACGACGCCCAGCUCGCAGCCUCCGCAGACGGGAACAUCCCCCCGCUCCACAAGAACAUGCCCCCCGUGGCCGGGCAGCUGAAGUGGAGCCUGGAGCUGCAGGAGAGGUUGGAGGCACCCAUGAGGGACCUGAAGCACAUAGACCACCCGGUCAUGUCCAGCACGGAGGCCAAGCUGAUCUACCAGAAGUACGACGAGAUGAUGGGGCUGCUAAGAAACUACCGCGAGAGGACCUACCGGCAGUGGGUGGCCGGCGUGGACCAGGAUUGCCACUUCAACCUGGGGCAGCCCCUGAUACGGCGGGACCCCGUCACCAACCUCAUCCGAGUCAACUUCAGCAAAGCGUUGGUGGCAGUUCUGAGAGAGGUCAAGUACCUGGGUUUCCAGCAGCAAAAAGAGAUCCCAAGCAGUGCCGAGGAUCUGUUCUCACAGCAUGAGACCUUCCGGAAGUUUGUGGGCAACUUGGAACUCAUCGUUGUCUGGUACAACGAGAUAAAGACCACCGUGAUGGAUGUAGAAUUUCCACUAAUAAAGUCAGAACUGGAAGCAAUCGAUGUCAAGUUAUUGACUGCUGAAACAACGCUGUUCUGGAACGGGGAAGGUGUGUUAGAGUAUAUCCAAGACUUGCGAGAAAUUCUACAUAACUUGCAGAACAGGAUGCAAAAAGCCAAGCAAAAUAUAGAUGGAAUUUCUCAGGCCAUGAAGGACUGGUCGGCCAACCCGAUGUUUGAGAGAAAGGACAAUAAGAAGGAGGCCCUGUUGGACUUGGACGGAAGGAUGGUCAAUCUCAACAAGCGCUACACUGCGGUCAAGGACGCCGGUGUAAAGAUUCAAGCCAUGGUCAUGGAAAAUGCUGAGCUGUUCAGAGCAGAUACGACGAGCCAGUCCUGGAAAGACUACAUCGACUACAUUGACGACAUGGUCCUGGACGAAUUUGACCAUUUCAUCCGCAAAUCUCUGAACUACCUAAUGGACAACAUGGUCACGGAUGGGAGCGUGGCACCGCUGUUUGAGGUCCUCAUGCAGCUGGACGAGGACGGGCUGGUCUUCAAUCCGUCCCUGGAGUUGGGCCCCGACUAUGGCUUCCUGAUGCUGAUUGAGGGCCUGAUCAACGACAUCUACACUGCAGCCAAGCUCAUCCCCCGGCUGGCCAAGAACCGAAUGAGCUACAAGGCAGACCUCGAGGACAUGUCGGACCUCAUAGAGACGAGGGAGGAGUUGUCCAACCUGGUCCUCAGCGCCAUGAAGGAGGCCGAGGAGUACCAGGACUCCUUCGAGAGGUACUCCUACCUGUGGAUGGACGACCCCCAGGAGUUCAUGAAGAACUUCCUCAUCUACGGGCGGGCGGCCACCCUGGACGAUUUGGACACCCGGGCCGAGGAGGCCCUCCCCAAGACGCCGCCCACCCUCGCCCAGUUCCAACAGCAGAUCGAUUCCUACGAGAAGCUGUACGAGGAGGUGUCCAAGUGUGAGAACGCCAAGGUGUUCAACGGCUGGCUGCAGUGCGACUGCCGCCCCUUCAAGCAGGCUCUGCUCAACAUCAUCAAGCGCUGGGGUUUCAUGUUCAAGCGUCACCUGAGCGAACACGUCGUCAACAGCCUGGCUGACCUAGAGGCCUUCAUGAAAGUUGCCAGGAUGGGCUUGACAAAGCCCCUCAAGGAGGGGGAUUAUGACGGUCUCGUGGAGGUGAUGGGGCAUCUGAUGAAGGUCAAGGAGAGGCAGGUGGCCACCGACAACAUGUUUGAGCCCCUGAAGCAAACCAUCGAGCUGCUCAAGACCUACGGGGAGGAGAUGCCGGAGGAGACGCAUGUGAAACUGCAGGAGCUGCCCGAGCAGUGGACAAACACCAAGAAGCUGGCCAUCCAGGUGAAGCAGAACGUGGCGCCCCUCCAGGCCAACGAGGUCAACAUCCUGAGACGGAAGUGCCAGCAGUUCGAGCUCAAGCAGCACAAGUUCAGGGAGAAGUUCCGGCAAGAAGCGCCGUUCACCUUCACGGACCCCGACCCCUACAAGUCCCUGAAUAAGCAACAACAGAGUAUCGCGUCCAUGGAGAGCAUCAUGGACUCCCUGUGCAAGUCCGGGAGCCUGUUCGAAGUCACGGUCCCAGACUAUAAGCAGCUCAAAGCUUGUCACAAGGAGGUCCGCCUGCUGAAGGAGCUCUGGGACAUGAUCGUCAUGGUUCUGAAAGCCCUGGACAGCACCUGGUCCACCAUGGAGUUUGAGCACGAGCCGCACCCGCGCACGGGCACCAUGAUGCUGAAGUCGGACGAGGUGCUGGUGGAGACACUGGAGGACAACCAGGUCCAGCUGCAGAACCUGAUGAUGUCCAAGUACCUGUCCCACUUCCUGAAGGAGGUGACGAGCUGGCAGCAGAAGCUGUCCACGGCGGACUCCGUCAUCUCCAUCUGGUUUGAGGUCCAGAGAACCUGGAGCCACCUGGAGAGCAUCUUCAUCGGCUCAGAAGACAUCCGCGCCCAGCUGCCGGAGGACUCCAGGCGCUUCGACGGCAUUGACCUGCAGUUCAAGGCCCUGAUGGAGGAGGCGGUGAAAACGCCCAACGUGGUGGAGGCCACCAACAAACCCGGCCUCUACGACAAACUCGAGAAUCUGAAGAAGAGCCUGGCCGUGUGCGAAAAGGCCUUGGCGGAAUAUUUAGAGACCAAAAGACUGGCUUUCCCGAGGUUCUACUUUGUCUCCUCGGCUGACCUCCUGGACAUUCUCUCCAACGGAAACAACCCCGUGGAGGUGGGCCGUCACCUGGCCAAGCUCUUCGACAGCCUGUGCAAGCUGGAGUUCCGCCUCGAUGACGACAGGAAGCCUCUCAAAGUCGGCCUGGGCAUGCACAGCAAGGAAGACGAGUACGUUCACUUUGACCAAGAGUGUGACCUCUCGGGGCAGGUGAGCGCCACGGGCACAUCCACGCUGGAGGGACAGCGGGGACCUCUGGCGGGGGGUGUCGGCACGGCCGCCGGCCCAUGCUACAUAACCUUGACCCAGUCCCUUCACCUGAUCAUGGGCGGAGCCCCUGCCGGCCCCGCCGGGACGGGAAAGACCGAGACCACCAAGGAUCUGGGCAGGGCCCUGGGCACCAUGGUGUAUGUCUUCAACUGCUCUGAGCAAAUGGAUUAUAAGUCCUGCGGCAACAUCUACAAGGGCCUGGCCCAGACGGGAGCCUGGGGCUGUUUCGACGAGUUCAACCGAAUCUCGGUGGAAGUCUUGUCGGUGAUCGCCGUGCAGGUCCUCACUCUGGCCAGCAACGAGCGAAUCCCCCUGAACCGCACCAUGAGGCUGGUGUUUGAGAUCAGCCACCUGAGGACGGCCACCCCGGCCACCGUCUCCAGAGCCGGGAUCCUGUACAUCAACCCCGCAGACCUGGGGUGGAACCCUUGCAUGAACCCCACCUCCGGAUCGUUCACCAUCGACCCCAGGCUCCAGCGCCACUUUUGUGUGUUUGCCGUGAGCUUUCCGGGCCAGGAGGCCCUCACCACCAUCUACAACACGAUCCUGGCCCAGCACCUGGCCUUCCGCUCGGUCCCCACGGUGGUUCAGAAGAUGAGCGCCCAGCUGGUGACCUCGGCCCUGGCCCUGCAUCAGAAAGUCACUGCAGUGUUUCUUCCCACCGCCGUUAAAUUUCAUUACGUCUUCAACCUGAGGGACCUCUCCAGUAUUUUCCAGGGGCUCUUAUUCUCCACAGCGGAGAUCCUGAGGGUACCGCUCGACCUAGUCCGCCUCUGGCUGCAUGAAGCCGAGAGGGUGUAUGGCGACAAGAUGGUGGACGGGAAAGACCAGGACGUGCUGCGCAGAGUCACGAUGGCUUCCACCAAGAAAUUCUUUGAUGAUCUCGGCGAAGAGCUUCUCUUCGCCAAGCCAAAUAUCUUCUGCCACUUCUCUCACGGGAUCGGCGAGCCCAAAUACCUCGCGGUAACCAACGUGGCCCAUCUACACAAGCUCCUGGUGGACGUCCUCGACAGUUACAACGAAGUCAACGCGGUCAUGAACUUGGUGCUGUUCGAAGACGCGGUGGCUCACGUCUGCAAAAUCAACCGCAUCUUGGAGUCGCCCCGUGGGAACGCCCUGCUGGUGGGUGUGGGAGGCAGCGGUAAACAGAGCCUCUCGCGCCUGGCCGCCUACAUCAGCGCGCUGGACGUGUUCCAGAUCAGCCUCAGGAAGGGCUAUGGGAUCCCAGACCUCAAGGUUGACCUGGGUGCACAGUACAUAAAGUCAGCUGUGAAGAAUGUCCCCUCGGUGUUCCUGAUGACAGACUCCCAGGUGGCCGAAGAGCAGUUUCUGGUGCUGAUCAACGACCUGCUGGCCUCGGGGGAGAUACCGGGGCUGUUUACGGACGACGAGUUGGAGAACAUCAUCUCCUCUAUGCGACCCCAAGUGAAGUCCCUCGGCAUGAACGACACUCGGGAAACAUGCUGGAAAUUCUUCAUUGACAAAGUGCGCAGGCAGCUUAAGGUGAUCCUGUGUUUCUCUCCCGUGGGCUCCGUCCUGCGUGUGCGGGCAAGAAAAUUCCCCGCCAUUGUCAACUGCACGGCCAUCGACUGGUUCCACGAGUGGCCAGAAGAUGCCCUGGUGUCCGUGAGUGCACGCUUCCUCGGGGAGACGGAGGGCAUUCAGGGAGAUGUCAAGGCUUCCAUCAGUCUCUUCAUAGCCUACGUGCACACAACGGUCAACGAGAUGUCCAGGCUGUACCUGGCCACCGAGAGGCGUUACAACUACACCACCCCCAAAACCUUCCUGGAGCAGAUCAAACUGUACCAGAACCUGCUGGCCAGGAAGAGAAUGGAGCUGGUGGCCAAGAUCGAGAGGCUGGAGAACGGCCUGAUGAAACUGCAGAGCACAGCGUCCCAGGUGGAUGACUUAAAAGCCAAGCUGGCGAUUCAGGAGGCUGAGCUCAAGCAGAAAAACGAGAAUGCCGACAAGCUGAUCCAGGUGGUGGGUGUGGAAACCGAGAAGGUCAGCAAAGAGAAAGCCAUUGCGGACGAGGAGGAGGCCAAGGUGGAGGUCAUCAACAAGAAUGUCACAGAGAAACAAAAGGCAUGUGAAACGGACCUGGCCAAGGCGGAGCCGGCCCUGCUGGCCGCGCAGGAAGCUCUCGACACGCUGAAUAAGAACAACCUGACCGAGCUGAAGUCCUUCGGGUCACCCCCGGACGCCGUGGUCAACGUCACGGCCGCCGUCAUGAUCCUGACCGCGCCGGGGGGCAAGAUCCCCAAGGACAAGAGCUGGAAAGCGGCCAAAAUCAUGAUGGGCAAAGUGGACACGUUCCUGGACUCCUUGAAGAAGUUUGACAAGGAGCACAUCCCCGAGGCCUGCCUGAAGGCGUUUAAGCCCUACCAAGGCAACCCGACCUUCGACCCCGAGUUCAUCCGCUCCAAGUCCACGGCCGCCGCGGGCCUGUGCUCCUGGUGCAUCAACAUCGUGCGCUUCUACGAGGUGUAUUGUGACGUGGCCCCCAAGAGGCAGGCCCUGGAGGAGGCGAAUGCCGAGCUGGCGGAGGCGCAGGAGAAGCUGUCACGGAUCAAAAACUCCCCGCUCCACGUGGGCCAGCUGCCCUCUGGAUGCCACACUGGCCCGUGGCCGCCGUGGCCACUCCACCUCUACCAGGACCUGUCACUUGCCAAGCCCGCGCUCGGCGGUGACCGGGCUGCAGCUUUAUAUAGCACGCUGGUAGGGGGAUUGGCAUCGGAAAACAUCCGCUGGGCUGAGUCGGUGAAGAACUUCAAAAGCCAGGGGGUCACCCUGUGCGGGGACGUCCUGCUGAUUUCCGCCUUCGUCUCCUACAUGGGCUACUUCACCAAGAAAUACCGCAACGAGCUGAUGGAGAGAUUUUGGAUCCCUUAUAUAAAUAAGUUAAAGGUCCCCAUCCCGAUCACGGAAGGUCUGGACCCCUUGAGCCUACUGACCGAUGACGCGGACGUGGCCACUUGGAACAACCAGGGUCUCCCCAGUGACCGCAUGUCCACUGAGAAUGCCACCAUCCUGUGCAACACAGAGCGCUGGCCCCUCAUCGUGGACGCCCAGCUGCAAGGAAUCAAGUGGAUCAAAAACAAAUACGGCCUCGAACUGAAAGCCAUCCGCCUGGGACAGAAGAGCUACCUGGACAUCAUCGAGCAGGCCAUUUCCGAAGGGCACACCUUGCUCAUCGAGAACAUUGGCGAAACCGUGGACCCCGUGCUGGACCCGCUGCUGGGCAGGAAUACCAUUAAAAAGGGAAAGUUCAUUAAGAUCGGCGACAAGGAGGUGGAGUAUCACCCCAAGUUCCGCCUCAUCCUGCACACCAAGUACUUUAACCCGCACUACAAGCCCGAGGUGCAAGCCCAGUGCACCCUCAUCAACUUCCUGGUCACCAGGGACGGGCUCGAGGACCAACUCCUGGCUGCUGUGGUGGCCAAGGAGCGCCCAGAUCUCGAGCAGCUGAAGGCCAACCUCACCAAGUCUCAAAAUGAAUUCAAGAUUGUUCUGAAAGAGCUGGAAGAUUCCCUGCUGGCCCGUCUGUCGGCGGCGUCGGGGAACUUCCUGGGGGACACAGCCUUAGUGGAGAAUCUGGAGACCACCAAGCACACAGCCAGUGAGAUCGAGGAGAAGGUACGAGAGGCAAAAAUGACAGAGGCUAAAAUCAACGAGGCCAGAGAGAACUACCGGCCAGCCGCAGAGAGGGCGUCCCUGCUGUACUUCAUCCUCAACGACCUCAACAAGAUCAACCCCAUCUAUCAGUUCUCGCUCAAGGCCUUCAACAUGGUGUUCGAGAAAGCCAUCCAGAAGACUGCCCCGGCCGAGGAGGUCAAGCAGCGAGUGAUCAACCUGACGGACGAGAUCACCUACUCUGUCUACAUGUACACGGCCCGCGGGCUCUUCGAACGGGACAAACUCAUCUUCCUGGCCCAGGUGGCCUUCCAGGUCUUGUCCAUGAAGAAAGAGCUGAAUCCGGUAGAGCUGGAUUUCCUCCUGCGGUUCCCUUUCAAGGCCGGGGCCCUGUCGCCGGUGGACUUCCUGCAGCACCAGGGAUGGGGCGGCAUCAAGGCCCUGUCGGAGAUGGAUGAGUUCAAGAACCUGGACAGCGACAUCGAAGGGUCCGCCAAGCGGUGGAAGAAGCUGGUGGAGUCAGAAGCCCCGGAGAAGGAGAUCUUCCCCAAGGAGUGGAAGAACAAAACUGCGCUGCAAAAGCUCUGCGUGCUGAGAUGCAUGCGGCCGGACCGCAUGACCUACGCCGUCAGAGGCCUGGGCGACCCCAAACACCAGGUGAACCCAAAUCCCGCUGUGACGUUUCUGCAGUGUCCCUGGGACACCCUGGAGAUGUGCACCAAGGAGAUCGAGUUCAAGUGCAUCCUAUUCGCCCUGUGCUAUUUCCACGCCGUGGUGGCCGAGAGGCGCAAGUUCGGGGCCCAGGGCUGGAACAGGCCGUACCCCUUCAACAAUGGGGACCUCACCAUCUCCAUCAACGUGCUGUACAACUACCUCGAGGCCAACACCAAGGUGCCCUGGGAUGACCUACGCUACUUGUUUGGAGAAAUCAUGUACGGCGGCCACAUCACAGACGACUGGGACCGCCGGCUCUGCAGGACGUACCUGGCGGAGUACGUCCGGGCAGAGAUGCUGGAGGGCGAGACCCUGCUGGCCCCGGGCUUUCAGAUCCCCCCCAACCUGGACUACAAGGGUUACCACGAGUACAUCAAUGAGAACCUGCCCCCCGAGAGUCCCUACCUGUACGGCCUGCACCCCAAUGCAGAGAUCGGCUUUCUGACAGUCACCUCAGAGAAACUGUUCCGCACGGUCCUGGAAAUGCAGCCCAAAGAGACCGACUCAGGAGCAGGCACCGGAGUAUCUCGGGAGGAGAAGGGGGAGCUGACCAUCACGACCGACAUGGAGGACCUGUCCGUGGCUCUGUUCUAUGACACUGUGCCCGACACAUGGGUGGCCCGGGCCUACCCCUCCAUGAUGGGCCUGGCAGCCUGGUUUGCCGACCUGCUACUCCGAAUCAGGGAGCUCGAGGCCUGGACGACGGACUUCGCCCUGCCCACCACCGUGUGGCUGGCCGGCUUCUUCAACCCGCAGUCCUUCCUCACGGCCAUCAUGCAGUCCAUGGCCAGGAAGAACGAGUGGCCCCUGGACAAGAUGUGUCUGUCCGUGGAAGUGACCAAGAAGAACCGGGAGGACAUGACGGCCCCGCCCCGAGAGGGCGCUUACGUGUACGGGCUCUUCAUGGAAGGAGCUCGCUGGGACACCCAGACCGGAGUCAUCGCCGAAGCAAGGCUGAAGGAGCUGACGCCAGCCAUGCCCGUCGUCUUCAUCAAGGCCAUUCCUGUGGACCGCAUGGAGACCAAGAACAUGUAUGAGUGUCCUGUGUACAAAACACGCAUCCGUGGCCCCACCUACGUGUGGACCUUUAACCUCAAAACCAAAGAGAAGGCGGCCAAGUGGAUCCUGGCGGCCGUGGCCCUGCUCUUACAGGUCUAG